UGAUGCAGAGGUGCUGUACUGCACUAACUCAAUUCUACCACAUGGUGGCACCAUCAAGCCUAUACUCACUUCAACAUACAAUGAUUAACCUUAGUUUUGUUUGACUAUUCUUGGGUCUCUCCGUUACCAGGUUAAAGGUGCCUCUGACAGUUUCCUGUCUAAAGCUCUGAGGAAGGUGAUCAUCUAAGAUCAUUGCAGAAAUCUUUUUCUGGGAUAGUCACCAUGUGAAAUGUCCUGGGGUGAAGUAAGUAAACAAUAAUGUGGCUCUGGGCACUCCUUCCAAUCUGCUUGGCGGUGUUUGGCACUGUGGGAAUAUGGGUGGUGUUUGGUAUCGCUGUAUCAAAUGAGACUGUUAAUAUCACAGCGAGAUUCCCCUACAUCAGUGAAUGUGGCACCUAUGAUCCACAGAGCUGUAUCUUUUCCCAGGUCUGCAACAUAUGUGCUGUCUUGAUCCUGUGGGUUGUGGUGAUCCGGUUUCAGCAGGUCAGGGACUAUGGUCAGAACAGCAAGGUGAACAUCGCCAGUAUCGUACUGGGCUUCAUCUCAUCUCUGGGCAUCUCCAUCCUCGGCAGCUUUCGGCAAUCUGUGUUGUUUGGCAUCCAUGUGUUCGGGGCUUUUUUGGCCUUCUUUGUGGGCCUGGGCUACUUCUGGUUGCAGGUGUGGCUCACCUAUAAAGUCCAGCCCUCUAAAGACCGUCGCUGGAUGGGGCCUCUCAGAGCUGCCCUCUGUAGCAUCUGCACCAUCUUGAUCAUCACCAUGGCCAUAGGUCUACUCUUUGAUACUGGCUACCGCUCAAUGGCGUCCAUUUCUGAGUGGGCUCUGGCCAUGUGCUUCUUUGUCCUAUUUGGCCUCUUUGCAUCCGAGUUCCGUCACAUCGACUGUCACCGGCUCACCGUGCAGAACCAAGGCCUCAAGCAAGACCCAGAGCAUCAACGGUGGUGGGAUCAUAAUGUACAGCCAACAGAACAGUAAUCUAAUAAUUAUAGAACAUUUGAACAUUCAGCUCUGACUGAUGAAGCUCCACUUAAGUGUACAUAUUUGAAACCUAUUGUUGAAUAAAAUCCUACUCUUUUUCUUUGA